AUGCGGUCGCCCGCCUGCCAAGAAGUGCUGGUCGCCCUCCGGCACCUGAGUCAGGUGCCGGAGCGGCUCUGCCACGAGGAGAGCGUGGAGCUGGCCGAGCGCUGUAUCAGCCACGUCGUGGCCCUUCCGCCUUCGGGGCUCUUGGGAGACACCACACAGGCUCUUUACACGGAGACCCUGGCUGCCUUAUCUGGUCUGGUGGAGACCCUCCUGGCGGAGCGAGAGGCAGGGAGCGCCGGAUCGGGGUGGUUCCAGCAGGUCUUCCAGCUCUUGGGCUACUGGCUGGUGUCGGAGCGUGAAUGGGAGCGUGCCCGGGCCAUGCAGGUCGCUGCCCGCCUGUUGAAAGCCCGUCACCAGGGUGGCACCUCUCCAGCGCUCCCUGUGGGCCAGGUCGGACGCCUGCUUGGAGCCCUGGGGCCUUCCACCUGCGACCCCCUGGCUGCCAUCCGGCAGGGCGCUGUGGAGUGCAUCGAGGUGCUGCUGAGCCUCCCAGGAGCCAUGAGAUCCCCAGAGCCCAAGGGCCGCACCUGGGCCUCGUGGCUGCAUUGCAUUCAGCGGGACCUGCAGAGCAAGAGCACCAAGGAAGUGCGCGCCGCCUCCCUCCAACUGGCCAAGGUGGUCAGCCGCGCAUUGCGCUCCAAGGAAAUGGUGCCCUUCCUGCGCUCCUUGCUGGAGCAACUGAGGACCGUGAACGCCGCCUGCGACCAGGCCGUCCUUUGGUGGUUCGAGGUGGCCGCCAGGGAGCGAGGGACUGAUCUGAAGGACAAGGUCCGGGGUUUGGUGGCGGUCCUUUGCUCCUCCCUGCAGUGGGCCGAGGACCCCUCCCUGUGGCGCUCCUUGGCCCAGGCCCUCUGCGUGUUGGCGGAGCACCACUCUCGAGGGGUCUGUGCCUCCCUGGUGGAGCAGCCCCUUCUCCAGCCCAGGGCAAGAAGGGAGCUCUGGGCCGCCAUCGUGACUCACCCGAGCUGCCGAGCCUCAGCCCUGAAGCAUUUGCUCCGCUGGGUGAUGUCGGACGGGAGCAGCGCCCCAAAUUGUGUUCUGGUGCUCUUAGCCCUCCGAGAGGUGGUCGUGGCCUUGGACAGCUGGACCGGGCUCUCCUCGCUACUCUCCAAUCUGUGCCAUGUUCUCCUCUUCUGGCUCAGCCAGGACUGGUCCGGAGAGAUGCCACAGGCAGCCUGUUCCCUUCUGGAAGGCAACGGGGAGCUGGAAACGGGAUGGGCAGGGGCCCGGGGACUGGCGGUGGAGGUGCUGCAGACCACGCUCAGCCAAGUGAUUCCAGAGGCCACGAGGGCGAUGGAGGCAGAAAAUGCCUGGGCCCUCCUGAGAGAGCCAGAGAGCCGUCUUAAGGGGAUCGCCUCCUUGGCCAAGGCUUUGGCGGACACCAAGAACCCCCUCCUGGACAAGAUCCUGCGUCACCUCCUCCCCCUCCUGCGCUCCUCGCAGGGGGCUUCCCGAGAGCUGGUUCUGGCCUUCUGCGUGGAGCUCCCAGGGCACCCCUAUGUGCUGCGCCGGCCGGAGAUCCUCCGCCGCCUCCUGCAGUUGUGGCUGGCCGCCUCCCGAGAGGGGGAGGCCACCGUGCGGUCCCUGUCCGUGCGAGGGCUGGGGAACGUGGCCGAAGGAGCACCCCAAGAGGCCAAGAAGCACCAGGAGGACCUGCUGGCAGCCCUCCUCCAAGGCCUGGGAGACCCAGCCAGCCCGGAGGUGGCCCGGGAGAGCCUGCAUGCCCUGGGCAAAGUCUGGGGGUGCCUCGGGAGGCGGCAUGCCGGCCGCAUGCGCCAGGCGGUGGCCAGCCAGGCUUGCGAAUACCUCUGGCACCCCGACGAUACUCUCCGUACGGCGGCCUUCGUGUUCCUCAGGCGGAUGGCUGGGGCCACAAAGCCAGUCCAUGCCAAAGCCAUGGCCAGAGAACUGGGGGGCUGCCUGCCCGCUCUCUUGCUCCACUUCCAGGAUCCAAGCCCCGACGUGGCCAAGGCUUCCUGGACGGCCUUCAUCUCAUGCGCCCCUUUCCUGGGCCUGCAGGACCUCGCGUGGGAGACGGAGGUCAGGCUGCUCCUGGCAGAAGACUCCGACGCCUGGCACUCUCGCCUGAUGGGUCAGAUCUGCGGGCAGCUGGCUCAGAGAAAGGAUCCCACGCUACUGGACACUCUCAUGAGGGGGCUGCCCCGAUCUAUGCACUGUGCGCAGGAAGGGAUCCGGCUCGCCGCGUGCCAGCUGGCAGGUGUUCUGGCAGAGACGAUGGAUGCGCAGCGCCUGGAGAAACUGGAUUGGGAACCUCUCUUACAAGUGUCUCUGCACCAUGGGAUAGCUAGAGAGACUCGUGGCUGGGCUAUAGGGGCAGAGUGUGGGUCAACACAGUGGCUCCGGAGAUGUGGGUCCGUGACAGGACGGACCAAGCAGUUCCAAGUGGGGCUAUGA